AUGACACCUGAACGCCGUAUCACUCGAUCACAUACCGCUGCUCAACAUCCUGUGCCCAUCCUCCGUUCCGAAUCUCCAUCUCCAUCUCCAUCUCCUACUUCCACACCAAUCAUCAUCCUCGAUGUCCUCAAACCUGAAUCACUUCCAUCUUCCCGUGGAUCUUCUCCUGAUGCGAAUUCCGAUAACGACUCCGACGUCUCCUCCUCUCUCUCAGCUUUGAGCUCCGCUGCUGCUCAAUCCGGAUCUGACUCAACGGCACCUACACCUGCUGCAAUCCCCGGGACUACUACCACUCUAGAACCUAGCUCUGCCAAAUCCGACACUCAUCUUAAGAAGAAACGUAGGACAUCUCCUCCACCGCCCACAACCAGUCAGGUAGCGGCACCAGCGUUGUUGCGAACCAAUUCCACACCCACACCCAAAGCAUCCACUACCACUGCGGCUACAUCUGGCAAAUCCAAAGCCCCUCGAGUAUCGACUGUCGGAGCUACUGCACCUACUCGAGCUCAAAAAGCCCUGUUGAUCAGAGAGUCCAACUCGACAAGUAGAGCAGGUUCUCAACACGUAGUAGAGGAUGAUACACCGUUGCCCCUUCCUCCUUCUCGAACAGGUAUGGGAGAAGGUUCUUUCCCUACACCUAAAGAAUCUUAUUUACGACAUGAGAAUUACCUUCUGAGGAAAGAAGCAGAGUACAUCAUUCAUCAAGCUGAGGUGCAUAAGAAGGAAUUGAAUAAACGUAAAGAUCGAGAUGAGAGGAAUGGAACUGCUUUAGUUGAGGGAAAGAGGAAUAGGAAAUCGAUCAAUUACAACGAAGAUGAAGAUGAAGAUGAAGAUGGUGAUAUUGAUAUGUCAAAUAAUGAAGAUGAAGAUGAUUCCGAAGGUGGACCUGGACCAUCAACAUCUAUAGCUAGAUUGAAAAGACGUCAAUCUCAAUUGAAUGGCAAUGGAAAUGGAGAUGGACAUGGAUCAAGUUCUAAUGAAAGAAGGAGAUCGUCUACCACGAAUAUGAAAUUCCCUGAACCCCUGAAAGAUCAAAGUUUCGAAGGACAAUUCAACCAAUUGCAAAAAGAACAUAAAGCCAACGUCUUAGCUGAAAAAGCCGCUGAACAAUCUCGACCACCCAUAUUCCCCAAAAACGCUAGGCCGACAGUCGUACUUGCCAAUGGGACUGUAAAUGGUAUUGGAGGGAGGACCGUACCGAGAGAUAAGACUGAGAGGACCUAUCAAGAGGGAUUGAGUGGGUUGAGUAACGAGAUGGAGAUUGAUGCGCAGGGGUUUGUAGAUAAUGUCAAAGAAAACCUUCGUGCCAUCUUGAAAUACUAUUUCCCAGAACGAUCACCUCGUCGGGAUGCCUUUUGCGAGAGGAUAGGAAGGGGUUUGGCACAGUUGGGCUGGGAAUUGACGGAUAAUGCAGACGCUGCUCUGUUACCUUGA